GAGCAAUCUCCCAAUUCAUCUCUGUCUCUGUUAGAGGAUUGUAUUGCUUCGUUAUCAAAACAUGCAAAACAUAAUCUGAUGCCAUUAACGGACUGCAAUCCGCGAGUACGGUGUGAAACACGAUUUUAAUUUUUUCCGAAUAAGAUACAAGUUUUGUUGCAAAAUGCGUGCACCAGGAGACUUCACUAUAGUCGGUGGUGACAGUGCCUUUGCAAACAGGCAGAAGCUAUUAUUUGACAAACUGUCAAUGGCAGAGAAAAUGUGCAGCAAGGAUACGAAUAAUACCCCACCGCUAUUCCCUGAAAUUCCGCACGUUCGGAAGGAGAGAUUGAAUAAAAUAAGAGAAACUAAGAGGUUUCGAGGAAGGGAAAGUAUCUUCAAGCGUCCCGAAGGACCUGCGCCUCGUACGAACAUCAGGAGCAUUCCGGAUCACCAUCGGAAUCCUCAUAAGUGGGUUAAGUACAGUUUAGAAGAUGUACCAACUGAAGACAUGUCGGAGCGCAGCAAUGCACAAGCGGCAUAUUGUUUUCUUAGAGAAUUAAAAGCCAGAAAGGUCAGGGAACAGAAAGAAGAAGAGAUGAAAAUGGAGAUCGACGAUGCCCAAUCGACGAUGGAGAAAAUUAAAGAGAAAGCAAAUAAAUCUACGAGUAGAGUAGAAUUCAAGAAACCAUCUACCGAGAAUGAGGAAGUCAAAGGCUCACCGGUUAUCAUAGAACACGACGGUAAACCAUUAUUUAGAAGCAGCAAGAUCAUCAUGCCGGAGUAUGUCGUUGGCGAGAAACCAAAGAAAGUAAAGAAAAGCCGACCUGUUAUUAAGAUCGAUCGUUCUAAGCAGCUUAAACUGAGCCAUUUGGAAGAAGUUGAUGCCGAUGCUGACGACUAAAUUUUUAUUGGAUAAUCCCUCAUGAUAUACUAGCUUGUAAUUUUAAUGUAAAUUUGGUAAUUAAAUUAAUGGAAUUAUGGACAUUUCAAA